AUGGUUGCGUGUCCGAUCUGCAACAAGCCCGUCAAGGAAGCCGACAUCAACCGCCAUAUCGACUCGGAAUGCAAAAACUUUAUCGAUGAGCCUUCGCCGCCAGCAACACAGGGCACGCAGUCGCAAGCCAAUGGAGCGAAGGCGAAGAGCGCGCUCAGCAAGCCCGCUUCGGGCUUCUUCACGCCGGCGCCGAAGAGAAAUGUAAGCUUCAGACUCGACGAGGCUUCGUCGCCUGCACCCGCGUUGCCGAGCACCCAGAAGCCUGCGGUAAAGCCUUCGCUGGUCCUAGCCAGAGACACGGUACCAGUGAAGCGAGAAAGAGCAGAGGACGAGGAACAUGCUGGACCAGGACAUGAGAGAUCGGAACAAACUGGGCCUGUGAUGAAGAAGGCGAAGAAUGCGCAUGCACCUUUGGCAGAGCGAAUGCGACCACAGACGCUGGAUGAAGUCGCUGGUCAGGAUCUUGUUGGAGCAAAUGGAGUGCUACGGAACCUGAUUGUGACGGAUAGGGUACCUUCGAUGAUACUUUGGGGAGGUCCUGGAACUGGAAAAACGACGAUUGCUCGCUUGAUAGCGCAGACGGCUGGCACAAGGUUCGUGGAGAUAAAUAGCACUUCGAGUGGAGUGGCGGAGUGCAAGAAACUGUUCUCCGAGGCGAAGAACGAGCUCGGCUUGACUGGCAGGAAGACCAUCAUAUUCUGUGACGAGAUCCACCGCUUUUCCAAAUCACAGCAGGACGUAUUCCUCGGCCCGGUCGAAGCUGGCCAGGUCACCCUCAUUGGAGCCACAACCGAGAACCCAUCUUUCAAGGUCGCCAAUGCCUUACUGAGCAGAUGCAGAACGUUCACGUUGGCGAAGCUGACGGAUGAUGGCAUCUUUGACAUUCUCAAGCGAGCACUAAUUCGUGAAGUGCCUGGUCUGCCAACCCCGUCCUCGAACGACAACUACUCUCUCGUCCGCUACCUCGCCGCCUUCGCAGAUGGAGAUGCUCGCACAGGUCUCAAUCUCCUCGAACUGGCCCUCGACUUAUGCAAACGACCCGGAGUCACUAUGAACGACAUCAAGCAAAGUCUGACACAAACUCUUGUCUACGACAGGGCCGGUGAUCAACACUAUGAUACCAUUUCGGCUUUCCACAAAUCCAUCCGCGGAAGCAAUGCGGAUGCAGCUCUGUACUACCUCGCUAGAAUGCUCCAGUCCGGUGAAGAUCCUCUCUUCAUCGCACGGCGCAUGGUAGUCAUGGCGAGCGAGGAGAUCGGCACAGCUGACAACACCAUACUCUCACUCGCGACCGCAACGUACACCGCUGCUGAGCGAAUUGGCAUGCCGGAGUGUCGGAUCAAUCUGGCUCACUGCGCAGUGGCUCUCAGCAGUGCUCCAAAGUCUGUCAGAGCUUAUCGCGGGCUGAACGCCGCGUAUGCAGCAUUGAAGGAGCCUGGCAUAGCUGGUCUUCCAGUUCCGGUACAUCUUCGGAACGCUCCCACGAAGUUGAUGAAGGAGCUUGGAUAUGGCAAGGAAUACAAAUACAAUCCUGAUUAUGCCGACGGAAGAGUCGUCCAGGACUAUCUGCCGGAGAAGCUGGAAGGACGCUCGUUCCUUGCGUCGAAGGACCUUGGCGACAAGAUUGAUCCUGAGGUCACCGAGCUUGACGAGCAGUCGAGGUUUGCAGAAGAGUUCGAACGUGGCGAAGAGUUGCUGCUCAAUCCGGACGGCGAUUGA